UCGGUGAGUGCCAGAUCCUCCCGUCCACAUUUUCUCACCACUUCUGGAAAGUUUUUCGUCCUCGGAGGCUCAGAUGUAAACUCCGGUGAUAGGUGUAUUUCCAUACAGUUAUUUAAACCACAUACAGCGCCGGUAGAUGCCAACAGUCGACAUCCAAUUCUGGCGUGGAUGCGUCGUGAAAAAGAAGGUAGAUAUGGAAUUCUCGUCCAGCGGUUCGAGAUGGCUAUUACGUGUGUCCAAGCCAUCUCUGCGGCUUGAUUCCGAGGUCCUUGGAAACUCUUCCCCCACUGGCCUGGCAACUCUCAGGACGCUGUCGCAUGCUGAGAAUCUCGCCCGAAGGAGUCAAGAAUGGCGCCAUGAGAUGGGUCUUCCAUGUGGGCCCGAAAUUCGGC